GUGGGAACAGUAGUCCCGGCGCGCGAUUCACAGCGCCGCGUGCGCCCCGGGCGCGCCGUAGCCGCGGGGCCCGGGCCGGGCGCUACGCUACGGAGGCGGCGUAGGCUAGGCUCCGGACGCGGGCCGUGUCCAGCAGGGUCUGGGCGCUUUGGCGGCUCCUCCACUCAGCGCGGCAGGCCGGCGGGGCAGGGCGGCCAGUGGCAGAAGUUGUAAGUCAGUCGGCAGGGGCGAGCGGGCCGGGGGCCCUUUCGCCCAGGCCGCACGGACGGAGGAGGCGCCGCCGGGUUGCAGAGCCGGCCACCCUGUCUCCUGUGUGGGUGCUCACCUCCCUCCAUGCUCUGGCCGCAUGUGACCAGGCCCAGCUCUCGGUGCGGCUGCCGUCACGGGGGCCAUGGGGAACUCCGCUUCCUCGCUGGCCACCGAGACCGAGUCGGAUCACAGCUUCCCCGGGGGGCCGUCCUUCCCAGGGCCCCCGGCAGCAGCCGGCUGUUGUAGGAGCGGCUCCGGGGGACCUGUCUGGGGCAGUGCCCUGGUUACCCGGCAGCACCCAACCCCACGCCCCCAGGCCCAAAGCCACACGCACUCGCCCGGGUCCAUGGCCACGGUUGGAGAGUGGUCCUGCGCGCGCUGCACCUUCCUGAACCCGGCCGGCCAGCGCCAGUGCUCCAUUUGUGAGGCCCCCCGGCACAAGCCUGACCUCGACCAGAUCCUGCGGCUCAGCGUUGAGGAGCAGAAAUGGUCUUGCGCCCGAUGCACAUUCCGGAACUUCCUGGGCAAGGAGGCCUGCGAGGUGUGUGGCUUUGCCCCAGAGCCCGUGCCUGGUGCCUCCCUGUUGCCAGUCAUCAACGGGGUCCUAUCCAAGCCGCCCACCAUCCUGGUGGAGCCCAAGGGCAGCUGCAAGGAGGAGACGGGUCCAGUGCAGACAGAAGAACUAGUGACCAUGGAGCCAGCUGCGGGCCGGCCCGAGGAGGAGGGCGGGGCAGCAGAACCUGGGAGCGGCUGGGCCUGCCCUCGCUGCACACUGCACAACACUCCCGUCGCCAGCUCCUGCUCUGCCUGUGGCGGCCCCCGGAAACUCUCGCUGCCCAGGAUUCCUCCUGAGGCUCUAGUGGUCCCUGAAGUUGUGGCCCCCGCCGGCUUCCACAUCACACCUGCCCCACCCCAGCCGGGGGAAGGUGCUGAGGCCGACCCUCCCUCUGCUGCUGACCAGGAGCCACCCCGGGUGCCACCAUUCAGCCCCUUCUCGCCCACUUUGCAGAACAACCCCGUGCCUCGCAGCCGCCGUGAGGUACCCCCCCAGCUGCAGCCACCGGUGCCUGAGGCCACCCAGCCCUCACCCCCUGCUGGCUUCAAGGGGCCUCCCCAGAGCCCAGGGUGGACUUCGACUGGGGCCUCCCGCUUGGCAGAGCUGCUGUCAGGCAAGCGGCUGAGCGCUCUGGAGGAGGAGGAGGCCGAGGGCGGCUCCGUGCUGCGCCGCUGCAGCUCCUGCUCGGCCCCCGGCCCCUCCAGCCUGUGCGAAGCCUGUGCCGCCGCUCCAGGCAGCGAUGUCAUCGACCUGACCGGCGAUGCCGUGCGCUACACGCCGGCCAGCCCUUCCAGCCCCGACUUCACCACGUGGUCGUGCGCCAAGUGCACACUCAAGAACCCCACAGUGGCCCCUAGGUGCACUGCGUGUGGCUGCUCCAAGCUACAUGGCUUCCAGGAGCACAGCGAGCCCCCUGUCCGCUGCCCUGACUGCAGCGCCGACAAGCCCAGCCUCUGCACUGCCCACAAAGCUGGCCGCCUCUUUCCUGAGGCACCUGAGCGCCCGGGCCAGUGGGCCUGCCCUGCCUGCACACUGCUCAAUGGGCCACGGGCUAAGCACUGUGCCGCCUGCCACACGCCUCAGCUCCUGGAGGCCCAGCGCAGGGGUGCGGUGCCCCUGAGGCGCAGGGAGAGCAUGCUGGUGGAGAAGCGGCGGCAGACGGACGAGGGCGAGGCCAAGGCCCUCUGGGAGAACAUCGUGGCCUUCUGCCGGGAGAACAGCGUGAACUUCGUGGAUGACAGCUUUCCACCCGGGCCCAAGUCUGUGGGCUUCCCUGCAGGCGACAGUGUCCAGCAGCGCGUGAGACAGUGGCUGCGGCCACACGAGAUCAACUGCUCUGUCUUCAGGGACCAUAGCACCUCCUGGUCCGUGUUCCACACUCUCCGACCCUCAGACAUCCUACAGGGGCUGCUGGGCAACUGCUGGUUCCUGAGUGCUCUAGCUGUGCUGGCGGAGCGGCCUGACCUGGUGGAGCGGGUGAUGGUCACACGCAGCCUGUGCACAGAGGGCGCCUACCAGGUGCGGCUCUGCAAGGACGGCACGUGGACGACGGUGCUGGUGGAUGACAUGCUGCCCUGCGACGAGGCCGGCUUCCUCCUCUUCUCGCAGGCCCAGCGGAAGCAGCUGUGGGUGGCCCUCAUUGAGAAGGCGCUGGCCAAGCUGCACGGCUCCUACUUUGCCCUCCAGGCAGGGCGCGCCAUCGAAGGCCUGGCCACCCUCACCGGGGCCCCCUGUGAGAGCCUGGCGCUGCAGGUCAGCUCCACUAACCCCCGAGAGGAACCCGUUGACACUGACCUCAUCUGGGCCAAAAUGCUGAGUUCUAAGGAGGCUGGGUUCCUCAUGGGCGCCUCUUGUGGGGGGGGCAACAUGAAGGUGGACGAUGCUGCCUACGAGAGCCUGGGCUUGCGCCCCCGCCACGCCUACUCCAUCCUGGAUGUCCGUGAUGUCCAGGGCUCCAGGCUCCUGCGCCUCCGGAACCCAUGGGGCCGCUUCUCCUGGAACGGCAGCUGGUCGGAUGAGUGGCCACACUGGCCGGGGCAUCUGCGUGGUGAGCUCAUGCCGCACGGCAGUAGUGAAGGCGUCUUUUGGAUGGAGUACAGCGACUUCAUCAGGUACUUCGACUCUGUGGACAUCUGCAAAGUGCACUCGGACUGGCAUGAGGUGCGGGUGCAGGGCUGCUUCCCCAGCUCGGCCAGUGGGCCCAUCGGGGUGACGGCGCUCACCGUGCUGGAGCGUGCGUCCCUGGAGUUCGCCCUCUUCCAGGAGGGUAGCAGGCGCGCGGACUCGGCUGACAGCCACCUCCUGGACCUGUGCGUCCUGGUUUUCCGAGCCUCCUUCGGCAGCGGUGGCCGCCUGAGCCUGGGCCGCCUGCUGGCCCACAGCAAGCGAGCCGUCAAGAAGUUUGUCAACUGUGACGUGAUGCUGGAGCCCGGCGAGUACGCCGUGGUGUGCUGUGCCUUCAACCACUGGAGCCCCACCACGCCGGGCCCACUGGCCGCCACACAAGGUAACACUGCCCCCCAGCCCGAUCCCAAACCUCCCCACUGCAGCCCCCAGGCCCCCUCACUCACACCCUCCACAGCCUCCAGCCCCUCAGCAGGGGUCCCACGCUGCUCCCUGGAGCCACCUGGCCAUGUGCUGGCUGUGUACAGCUCAAGGCUGGUCAUGGUGGAGCCCGUGGAGGCCCAGUCAACCACGCUGGCAGACGCCAUCAUCCUGCUCACGGAGAGCCGAGGGGAACGGCAUGAGGGACGUGAGGGCAUGACCUGCUACUACCUGACGCAUGGCUGGGCGGGGCUCAUCGUGGUGGUGGAGAACCGGCACCCCAAGUCCUACCUGCAUGUGCAGUGUGACUGCUCCGAUAGCUUCAACGUGGUGUCCACACGCGGCAGCCUGCGCACCCAGGACAGUGUGCCACCCCUGCACAGGCAGGUCCUGGUGAUCCUGUCCCAGCUCGAGGGCAACGCCGGCUUCUCCAUCACCCACCGCCUGGCACACCGCAAGGCAGCCCAGGCCUUCCUCAGCGACUGGACAGCUUCCAGGGGCACCCACAGCCCCCCACUCACGCCCGAGGUUGCUGGCCUGCACAUGCCCCGGCCAUUGUGACUGCCCUGCCCUCGCCUGCCUGCCUCCCACAUGCACUUUAGGAGGGAGACCCCAACAGAAGAUGCUUGAACCAGAAUCUCAGGACCCCACCCAGGGAGCUGCAAGCCGCAGAGCAAACUCCCUGGGCCUUCCUCCCUGCCCCCCCUCCUGUCCCGGGCCUCCCAGCGCCAAGCAGAAUACCUCCAACCUGCUUCUAGCGAGAGGGGACUGUGCACCAGCUCCUCUGACCAGCCUGCCUCGAGGCCGGGUUCAGAUUGCCAGGGCUGAGGUGAGGCUGCCCGUUCCUGUGGGCCUGGGGCCUCCUGCCUGUGUGAGGCAGCCAAGAGCUCCAUUUACAAAACCAAAUCUGGGCAGGUCAGAGGCUGGGACCCCAGAGUGAGCAGGGACCACCCCCUUGUGGAGUAAGAGGUUGGGACCCUGAGAUGGGUAGGGACCACCCCCAUGUGGGAGUCAAAGGCCAGGACUCCAGGGUGAGCAGGGACCACCCUCUUGUGGGGGGUCAGAGGCCAGGACCUGAGUGUGAGCAGGGACUACCCCCUUGUGGGGGUCAGAGGCCAGUACCCCAGUGUGAACAGGGACCACCCCCUUGUGGGGGUCAGAGGCCAGUACCCCAGUGUGAGCAGGGACCACCCCCCUUGUGGGGGACAGGUUGGGACCCUGAGAUGAGCAGGGACCACCCAUUGUGGGGCAUGAGCCUCCUAUCCCCAGCUUGCUUCAAGAGCUCAUCUUCCCACCCCCUCCGGCUCCACAAGGCAAGCAGGGGUCCCUGGAAUCCCAGCAGUGUAUCCCAGGAGGCAGGUGCCUGGCGACCAUGGGCUCAGGACCAGGGAUGGGGAGGGUCCUAGCUGCCUGCCCCCUCUGGCGACACUAUGCAAUUCCUGGACCACUAGUCAGGAUCGAAGCCAUGCCCCGGGGGCUGUGGGUCAGGAGCUGCCGUUUGGUGAGGUGGUUUGUCCUCAGCACCACUGACCUCUGCCAGGAAGACCAGGGUCCAAACAGAAAUCCUUGGCCAGCCCUGUCUGGGCACACAGGGUAGGUUGUGGCUCUUCCCAGCUCCUCCCCUGCCUCAGAAGUCCAGGUUGCUGGGCUGCCUCCCAGCCAUCCUCCCCCAUGGCUGCUCAAAGUCCUGCACCUGCCUGUGGACAUGAGGCCAGCUUCCAGGGGCCCGCCUGGCCUCUGCCCUCCCGCCCCAGGCAGUGGGCGGCUCUGCCCACCACCCCUCACUUCCCUGGGGCUUGCGGGGGGGUUUACAACUGGAGAAACACCAGGAAGCACUGCACUCCCCUUUGGGCCUCCUUUAUAUUUUCUCCUUUUACUCUUGAGCUGUGAAUAUUUUUAACCCUGUACAUACAGCCAGCUCUUCUCACACAGAGACUAUUUUAUCAGCCAUCCCCAGCCCCGUAGGAUGAUUCUCCAUGGUGUUUCCAGACUCAGGCUCUGAUGGACCAAAUGAAAUGUUUUGUUUUAUAA